AUGGGGAAGGACUAUUACAAAACUCUGGGCAUUCCACGAAGUGCAUCUGAAGAUGAAAUUAAAAAAGCUUAUAGAAAAAUGGCUUUAAAGUAUCAUCCUGAUAAAAAUAAAGAUCCUGGAUCAGAUGGGAAAUUUAAAGAAAUUGCAGAAGCUUAUGAUGUUUUAAGUGAUAAAACAAAAAAAGAUAUAUAUGAUCAAUAUGGUGAAGAAGGAUUAAAAGGCGAGGCUGGUGGUUUUCCAAAUGGAGGACCAGGUUCUGGUUUUCAUUAUACAUUUAAUGGUGAUCCGUUUCAUUUAUUUGGAAAUAGUGGUUUUUCAUUUAAUGGAGCUGGAAAUUCAUUUUUUAAUAAUGGAAUGUCUGGUCAUGGUAUGGGUGGGCAUUAUAAACAUAAACAAGAUCCAACUGUUCAACAUGAAUUACUUGUUUCUCUUGAAGAUAUUGCCAAAGGAACAGUAAAAAGAAUGAAAAUUACUAAAAAAGUUUAUGCACAUGAUGGGAAAUGUAGAACUGUAGACAAAGUACUAACAAUUGAAAUUAAACCUGGAUGGAAAUCAGGAACAAAAAUAACCUUUCCUAAGGAAGGUGAUCAAUAUCCAGGAAGGAUACCUGCUGAUGUUGUUUUUGUAAUAAGAGAUAAACCUCAUCCAUGUUUUAAAAGAGAAGGUGCCGAUUUAAUACACGUACACAAACUUACUCUUAAAGAAGCUCUUCUUGGCACACAGUUUGAAAUAACAUCGUUAGAAGGUCAGAAAAUUCCUAUUGUAAUAGACCAUAUUAUUAAACCAAAUUUUCACAAAAAAAUUGAAAAUCAAGGACUUCCAUCACCGAAAACAGGGCAAAAAGGUUCUAUAAUAGUGAAAUUUGAUAUAAAAUUUCCGGACACGUUAUCAACACAAGCUAAAAAUGCUAUUAACGAAUUCCUAUAA